AUGGAUCGUGAAAUUUUACCAAGGAAUGUUACCCCAUUGCAUUAUGAUUUGCAGAUGGAGCCUAAUUUUGAAACCUUUAAAUUCGAGGGUAUUACCACCAUUGAUUUGAAGGUUAAUGACACUUCAAUAGAUACAAUUAGCGUAAACUCUGUGGACAUCGAAUUCCAUUCGGCUUCUAUUAAUGGUGUAGAUGCAUCUAGUAUAAAAACUGAUAAGGAAUCUCAAGUAACUGCUCUAAAUUUUCCGCAAGGUACUGUUAAAAAUGAAGCCAGAGACACGGAUCAUAUUAAAUUGACCAUCAAAUUCACCGGUAUUUUGAAUGAUAACAUGGCAGGGUUUUAUCGUGCAAAAUAUGAAGACAAAGCUACCGGCAAGACAAAAUAUAUGGCCACUACACAAAUGGAACCUACUGAUGCAAGACGUGCAUUCCCAUGUUUUGAUGAACCAAAUUUGAAAGCCACUUUUACUAUUACACUGAUUUCUUCCCCUGAAUUGACUCAUUUAUCUAAUAUGGAUGUCAAUAAAGAAAUUAUUGAAAAUGGUAAGAAAUAUACCACUUUUAAUCCAACUCCAAGCAUGUCUACCUAUCUUGUAGCCUUCAUUGUGGCCGAAUUAAAAUAUGUAGAAAAUAAUGAGUUCCGUAUCCCGGUUAGAGUAUAUGCUGCCCCAGGUGAAGAGCAUCUAGGUCAAUUUGCUGCUGAUUUAACCGCUAAAACAUUGGCUUUCUUUGAACAAUCAUUUGGUAUCAAAUACCCACUACCUAAAAUGGAUAAUGUUGCUGUCCCUGAAUUUUCUGCAGGUGCAAUGGAAAAUUGGGGGCUUGUGACAUAUCGUGUUGUAGAUUUAUUACUGGAUAAAGAAAAUUCUACAUUGGAUCGUAUUCAAAGAGUCGCUGAAGUUGUGCAACAUGAAUUGGCUCAUCAAUGGUUUGGUAACUUGGUUACCAUGGAUUGGUGGGAAGGUUUAUGGUUAAAUGAAGGUUUUGCCACUUGGAUGUCUUGGUAUUCAUGUAAUGAGUUCGAAUCUGAAUGGAAAGUCUGGGAACAAUAUGUUACAGACACUUUGCAACAUGCUUUAUCUUUAGAUGCAUUAAGAUCAUCUCAUCCAAUUGAAGUUCCUGUGAAAAGAGCCGAUGAAAUUAACCAAAUUUUUGAUGCUAUUUCUUAUUCAAAAGGUGCUUCUUUAUUAAGAAUGAUUUCUAAAUGGUUAGGUGAAGAUGUUUUUAUCAAAGGUGUUUCACAAUAUUUGGAAAAGUUUAAAUAUGGUAAUGCUAAGACUGAAGACUUAUGGGAUGCUCUAACUGCUGCAUCUGGUAAAAAUGUUACUGAAGUUAUGAAUAUUUGGACCAAGAAAGUUGGAUUCCCUGUUAUCACUGUUAAAGAAGAGGGUAAUGAAAUUACUUUUACCCAGAAUCGUUAUUUCUCUACUGGUGAUGUAAAGCCAGAAGAAGAUGAAACUUUAUAUCCAGUCUUUUUAGCUUUGAAAUCUAAAAAUGGUGUUGACUCAUCUUUAGAAUUGAAGGAAAGAUCUAUGACAGUUAAAUUAGAUGAUGUAGAUUUCUUUAAGGUUAAUGGUGAUCAAUCUGGCAUUUAUAUCACUUCAUAUUCUGAUGAAAGAUGGAAAAAAUUAGGGCAACAAGCGAAUCUGUUAUCUGUUGAAGAUCGUACUGGCCUUGUGGCUGAUGUGAAGGCCUUAUCUACAUCAGGCUACACUUCUACUGUUAAUUUCUUGGAACUUGUAUCUAGUUGGAGAGAUGAGAAAUCGUUUGUUGUAUGGGAACAGAUUUUGAAUAGCAUUUCUUCGUUUAAGACGACCUGGAUCUUUGAACCACAAAAUGUUACAGAAGGUAUCAAUGCAUUUGUUAGAGAUUUGGUUACCAAAAAAAUGAAUGAAAUGGGCUGGGAUUUCUCUAAAAAUGAGGAUUUUGCCACUAAGAGAUUGAAAGUGACAUUAUUUGGUGCUGCUUGUGCUGCUAGAGAACAACAAGUGGAAAAAGCUGCAAUUGAAAUGUUUGAAAAGUAUGCAGCUGGUGAUAAGAAUGCUAUUCCAGCUUUAAUUAAACCCGUUGUAUUUAACACAGUUGCUAGAAUUGGUGGGAAGGAAAAUUAUGAGAAAAUUUAUUCGUUAUACAAGAACCCAGUUUCCACAGAUGAAAAAUUGGCAGCUUUAAGAACAUUAGGUAGAUUUAAGGAACCGGAAUUAUUGGAGAGAACUUUAGGUUAUUUAUUUGACGGUACAGUCUUAAACCAAGAUAUUUACAUUCCUAUGCAAGGUAUGAGAACACAUAAAGAGGGUGUAGAAGCCCUAUGGAACUGGACUCAAAAAAAUUGGGAUGAAUUAUCAAAGAGAUUACCACCAGGUUUGUCUAUGUUGGGUUCCGUCGUCAUGCUCGCCACAUCUGGUUUUACUAGUCUUGAUGCCAAGAAAGAAAUUAAACAAUUUUUUGACAACAGAUCUACUAAGGGUUUUGACCAAAGUUUAGCCCAAUCCUUAGACACUAUUACAUCUAAGGCACAAUGGGUCAACAAAGAUCGUGACGUUGUUAUUACUUAUUUAAAAGAGCAUGGCUACUACAAAGAUUAG